CGAGGUGCUCGGAUAGUCCGAGGUGGCGGCAGACCGAGUAGGCACUCUUGGUGUGCGGAGCUGCAGCCUGAAAGGUACGUGACUCGGAUGAUCCGAGGUGCUCGGAUAGUCCGAGGUGGCGGCAGACCGAGUAGGCACUCUUGGUGUGCGGAGCUGCAGCCUGAAAGGUACGUGACUCGGAUGAUCCGAGGUGCUCGGAUAGUCCGAGGUGGCGGCAGACCGAGUAGGCACUCUUGGUGUGCGGAGCUGCAGCCUGAAAGGUACGUGACUCGGAUGAACCGAGGUGCUCGGAUAGUCCGAGGUGGCGGCAGACCGAGUGGGCACUCUUGGUGUGCGGAGCUGCAGCCUGAAAGGUACGUGACUCGGAUGAUCCGAGGUGCUCGGAUAGUCCGAGGUGGCGGCAGACCGAGUGGGCACUCUUGGUGUGCGGAGCUGCAGCCUGAAAGGUACGUGACUCGGAUGAACCGAGGUGCUCGGAUAGUCCGAGGUGGCGGCAGACCGAGUGGGCACUCUUGGUGUGCGGAGCUGCAGCCUGAAAGGUACGUGACUCGGAUGAACCGAGGUGCUCGGAUAGUCCGAGGUGGCGGCAGACCGAGUGGGCACUCUUGGUGUGCGGAGCUGCAGCCUGAAAGGUACGUGACUCGGAUGAACCGAGGUGCUCGGAUAGUCCGAGGUGGCGGCAGACCGAGUGGGCACUCUUUGUGUGCGGAGCUGCAGCCUGAAAGGUACGUGACUCGGAUGAUCCGAGGUGCUCGGAUAGUCCGAGGUGGCGGCGGACCGAACUAGCAUUCCUGGUGUACGGCGGUACAGGCGGAGAGGUGUUGUUGUCGAUAAGCGAAUACUUCAUAGGACAACGGGGAGAGAGUAUAAGUGGUUGUCUCUCACGCCUUGGGUGCGUAGUUGUCGGAGCACACAGGGGCUAUGAAGUGGUCGCUUGUCGAAAAACUCUAUUGUAACAGAAAGGUUAAUACCUUAAUUUUUUCUGUGUGUGCAGAGUAGGUGUGUCAACGCGAACAAAUCGGAAUAAGAGAUGGCAUCCCUUCCGGACUUAGAGAGUCUUCUCGACAAUGCGACGGAUGUGUCCGCUGAGGAAGCUUUAAAGUCAGAAUUAGAAAAAUGGUUGCAUGCAGAAGAACAACUGGCGAAUGCGACCAAUAUACUCACGUUUGAGUCGAAUGAAUCUGAAUCCUCUCAGACUCCUCAAAUGGAUGUCUCACUUCCUGGCACCUCAAGGGGAAAGAGAAGAGGACACGAUUGGAGUACGGUGGACUGUACACCGCCAAAGGUUGCCAGGCGCAAUGAAGUAUUGACAAGAAAAAUUCCUGAUGAUAAGACAAGAAAAAUGAUGGAUGAUAUCAAGGAGAGGAGCAAAUUCAGAAAAUCAGAAAAAGAUUCAAAAACUGCUGAUCAGAAGGAAAAAAGGAAGGAAGAUGAUAAGAGAAGAGAAAGAGCCAUGAAGGAAAGAAGAGAGAGACAGCAUGAAAAGAAAGACAAGGGAAGUGAUGGGAAAAGUCAAAAGUCGCAAGAAGAAAAUGACAAGAAGAAAACGAAGGUUAAAACAAGUAACACGAAAAAUGAAAUGAAGGAAUCUCGCAGUGAAAGAGCAAUGAAGGAAAGAAAAGACAAGAAAUCCAAGAGAAGCGAGAAAAAGAGCGAUGAUGAGAGAAGUGAUUCUGGACGAUCGAGUGCCAGCAGUAAGGAGACACUUCUUGACGAUGACUAUCAUUAUUUUAAAGUGCCAAACAAGGUGAUGCUGCCCGUUUUGGAACGUGAGAGACAAAAGCAAGCCGCCAAGGAACAUCGUAAUAAGAAUAAAGCAGACAAGGCUGCCGCUAAUAAAAUUGACAAAGCUAAUCUGUCAGUUGUACAGUGCAGAAAAUUUGGCUUCCGAGUGAGUAAUCGGGUUCCCAAUGGCAGGGAUGCCCGAGGUUUGUGUGUAAUUUGUGGUAAAGAUUACAACAAUCUUGGUAGUCACUUGAAGACUCACUCUAUGACUCAUGACGUCGAGAAGGCAAAGAUCUUCAUGGAAGCCCAAUUCACGCGAUCAUGUCGAGGGCCAAUCCACCUUCCGACACUGAUUGAUAAACUGGUUGAAGCCAAAGGCAGCAAGCCGAACAUGGAAGGCAUUCUGAAGGAUGCGUUUAGUCUUGUCGGAGUUGGCACUUCACAGAAUGAAAGCAAAUGUUUGCCAAUGUACGAUCUCAAGAAAUGCUUCCUCAAAGGCCAUGUGCUGCCACCAGAUUCUAUAAAUGAUCAAGACUUGGAAAUCCAUAAGCUCGACCAAGAUGAUGAUGAUAAACAUUUAUCUUCAAGUGAUGAAACGUCCAGCGACUCUGAUGAAUCUGAAGAUAAUGACUACCAUAACAGUGCAACAUUUGACAAGGACAUAUUAGCCCAGGGAUCGUUUUGCAAACGACAUGUAUAUGGCGAUACGUCCGUCGAUAUGUUGGUGUUGACUCGUUUGUGUCAAGAACCUUUGCCAACGCGUGAUGUUUGUUUGUCGCGUGAUGAUUGUAGUGGAAAGUUGCGCUUUCCAUUCAACGGAAAAGUCUUUGUAAUUUCUGGAAGAGCUAGAGCACUACGGGUACAUUACAAAACAAGUAACAACAUGGAAACUGUUAUGCUUACAAUCAUUCGACACAUAUAAAAUGUUUCGUUCCAUCUAAAAUGUUACGAGUUUAUUUGUUUUGCAUAUGUGCAUGUGUGAAAA